GUUUCUUCUGAUCAGGAGCUUGCACUAUGCUAUAAAUACCAACAACGGACGGGAUGAUUUCAUUCAAGGUGACAAGACAACAGCUGCUCCACAGAAAAAGGAGGCAUCAAUACACACUGAAACCCGAUUAAUUCUCUUGACAUAUAUGCGCAGUGGGUCGACCUUCACCUCUGAACUCUUCCAGACUCACCCGGAUGUGUUUUUUAUGUUUGAACCUUUUCAUACGACAUGGUAUUACAGGCCGAAGAUUAUACCUUAUCUGCACAAGUACAAGAGAAUAUAUUUUGAUGAUUUGGAGAAGUUUCUCACAGAUGUCAAGAUAGAUACUUUGGAUAAACUCCUGAGAUGUCAAUUUAAAAAUCUUGACAUUUUGACCUUAAUCCAGGAACAUUGGCACGACAGUAUAACAACAAAAGCCUACAAACUUUGUACAGUGGAGCAGAUUGGUGUAGCAGGCAUCGAAAACUGUUUACCCAUAUUGACAGAUGCUUGUUCUAGAGCAAAGGUAAACUUUAUCAAGACGAUUAACCUCACAAUCCAUCAAGCUGAGCCAUUCAUCGACAAGGAUCCUAAUCUGAAGCUUAUUUAUCUUGUUCGGGACCCACGUGCUGUUCUGUCGUCCCAGAUGCGCUAUGGGGAAUUUGCACCGAGCGCAAUAGACUCUUAUUCCAAGACGUUUUGUGGAAUUAUGUUGAAAGAUAUCCAAAGCUAUGCCAAGUUAAAGAAGACACAUCCAAACCAAGUAACCUUUGUUAGAUACGAAGACAUAGCACACAAACCUAUACCCUUGACAGAGGACUUGUACAAUUUUGUUGGCUUGCCCCUAACGCAAAAUGUCAGAAAACAUAUAUAUAAUAUCACAACUGGCGGCAACGAUGAAGAUUGUCCUCUUUGUAUUUCGAAAAGCAAUUCGACCCAAGCAGCCGAAAAAUGGAGACUGCAAGCAAAGGAUGAUUUUGUACAAAUUGUUGAUUCAAACUGUAAGAAUGUGUAUCAAUAUAUUGGUUAUCUUCCAAUAAUGAAUGCUUCAUCGUUAAGAGACAUGAAUGUUCCUGUCCUGACAGUCCCUGCACAUGAACUUAUGUUGUGAAUAUACAUGUAAUAUUCAAAUUACUUCUCUGACACAUUGCAAAUAAAUGUGUUGAAUCUUG